AUGGGGCGUGGUAUUUUCCGGUCAAUGUUUGCUGCAGUCCUCAUUCAUAUUACUCUAAGUCACAAGACCCGACCGGGAAAAUGCCCGUCUCUGUUCUUCCCCAUUGUGGUAAAAAAUAUCAAAUAUACCAUACAUGGCAGUGAUUCUGGUGCCUAUGACUCUGAAGGGAGGUUUGUGCCAGAGAAGUUUGAGGAGAUAUUUAAGCAGCAUGCAAAUCAAAAUGCAGAAUCCUCAACACACAACGAAGUGAAAGAACUUCUCAAGGCUAAAGGAGAUCCAAAGGACUACUUCGGAUGGGCAAAUGCUUCUGUAGAUUGGAAUUCUUUAUAUGAUUUAGGGAAAAAUAAGGAUGGCAUACUGACGAAAGAAACCGUAAGAGCUGUCUAUGAUGGAAGCCUUUUCGAGCAAAAGGCAAGAGAGCCUGCUUCAAAGAAGUGA